CCGCCCGCCCGCCCGCCCGUCGCCGUCGUGGCUGGGCGCGAGCCGCCGGCCGGUGGGUCGGUUUCCAUUGUGAUCGCUCGGCGCGGCCGGCAUCCCGCGGAGCUCCCGGCAGCCUUCCCCCGUGCCCCCGCCGCGCCCGUUCCGCGCGGGGCCAUGUCCCGCGGCAUUGCCACCACCUGCUGUGGGACGUGCGGAAGCGGAGCCUGGGGCUGGAGGAGCCCGGCCUGCUGCGGAGGCACUACCUGGGGAGAAGAGAAUUUAUCCAAAGAUUAAAACUUGAAGCAACCUUGAAUGUGCAUGAUGGAUGUGUGAACACAAUUUGCUGGAAUGAUACAGGAGAAUAUAUUUUGUCUGGUUCCGAUGACACCAAUCUGGUAAUUAGUAAUCCCUACAGCAGAAAGGUUUUAACAACCAUUCGCUCAGGACACAGGGCCAAUAUUUUUAGUGCAAAAUUCUUACCGUGCACCAAUGACAAACAAAUUGUAUCUUGUUCUGGAGACGGAGUCAUUUUUUACACUAAUGUUGAACAAGAUGCAGAGACCAACAGACAAUGCCAGUAUACGUGCCACUAUGGAACUACCUAUGAGAUUAUGACAGUACCAAAUGAUCCCUAUACUUUCCUCUCUUGUGGUGAAGAUGGCACUGUAAGAUGGUUUGAUACUCGAAUCAAAACAAGUUGCACAAAGGAAGAUUGUAAAGAUGUAAGAGUGAAAUCUUUUAAUAAAGAUGACCUAAAUGUAGAGCUGUACAUCAUACAAACAUAGGAUAUGAAUUCUGGAUAUUUUAAUAAACUGUCGGCGUGCUGCCACUUCUGUUGCUAUCUGUCCACCAAUCCCAUACUAUCUUGCUGUGGGUUGUUCUGACAGCUCAGUAAGGAUAUACGAUCGACGAAUGCUUGGUACAAGAGCAACAGGGAAUUAUGCUGGUAGGGGCACUGUUGGAAUGGUGGCACGUUUCGUUCCUCCUCAUCUCAAUAACAAAUCCUGCAGAGUAACAUCUCUAUGUUAUAGCGAAGAUGGACAAGAGAUCCUUGUUAGUUACUCUUCGGAUUACAUAUACUUGUUCGAUCCCAAGGAUGACACAGCACGAGAACUUAAAGUUCCUUCUGCUGAAGAGAGACGGGAAGAGUUACGGCAACCUCCUGUUAAACGCUUGCGGCUAAGAGGGGAUUGGUCAGACACUGGACCAAGAGCAAGGCCCGAGAGUGAACGAGAAAGAGAUGGGGAGCAAAGUCCUAAUGUCUCUCUAAUGCAGAGGAUGUCAGACAUGCUGUCAAGAUGGUUUGAAGAAGCUAGUGAAGUUGCACAAAGCAAUCGAGGAAGAGGAAGAUCACGGUCCAGAGGUGGGACUAAUCGGACAGAUGCUCCUGCUACUAACGUGCCACCUACUACAGAAUCAGAAACUGCAAUGGAAGUAGAUGGUUCUGAACCACUUCCAUCAUCUUCCUCUUCUACAAUGUCAGCCCAAGCUCCUUCAACAUCAUCUUCAACAGAAAGUCCCCCUUCAACUUCAUUAUUGUCCUCUCCUGAUAAUGAACAAAGGCCUUCUUUAGGGGCCUCAGCUCAACCUGUGCUCCAUCAGUCUGAGUUAAUGGGACCCGAGUUAGCUAUAAUCCGUAGGGGUCUGCAGCGACUGAGGCUUAAGAAGGCAGAACAACAGAGACAGCGAGAGCUAGCUGAGGGUUCAGCGCCACAGUCGUCCUCUUCUGAUCAGUCCUCCUCUAAGGGCUCCUCACAGGACCCUCAGACAUCAGAUUCUCCUUCUUCUGUGGUUAACAAACAGCUUGGAUCCAUGUCACUUGAUGAGCAACAGGAGAGUGAUAAGCCACGAACAGGAGCGGGUGAACCAGUUUUAAGUUUGCACUACAGUACAGAAGGAACAACUACAAGCACAAUAAAACUGGACUUCACUGAUGAGUGGAGCAGCACAAAUUCAAGCUCUAGAGGGAGUGGAAGUCAUUGCAAAACUGAAGGCCAAGACGACUCUGUAAAAACAAAAGCCUCAGAAGAAUCGGGGCCUGAAGAUGGAGGAACAAGAGUUCCUGAUGCAUCUCCCAAGGAAGAUGCAAGUGCUGAAGAACUGAAAAAUACAGAUGAAACUGUAGAGACGACAGAAGCAUCUGUAUCGGAUAAACCUGGUCCUGAGCAUUCUGGAAUCCAGCCAGAAGAAAAUGACCCCAGUGUUGAUGCUGUCUCUGGAAAUGUAGAGGAAGAAGCCUCCGGUGAAAAAAGUGUGAAUCCAGAAAUGUCAAGUACUGAAUCCACUGCCAACUCACUUGCUGCAAACGAUGAACCUCAGCCACACCCAGAAUCCUCAGGGCUUGCACCUCCAGACGAGUCCUCUACUAGGACCUCAGCUCUCCAAGAAACUGAUGAUAGUGAUGAUGAUCCUGUUCUGAUCCCAGGGGCAAGGUAUCGAGGAGGACCAGGACACAGACGAUCUGCUGUUGCCCGCAUUCAGGAGCUCUUCAGGAGGAGGAAAGAAAGAAAAGAAAUGGAAGAACUGGAAACGUUGAAUAUUAGACGUCCUUUAAUAAAGAUGGUUUAUAAAGGUCAUCGGAACUCCCGAACAAUGAUAAAAGAAGCCAAUUUUUGGGGAUCUAACUUUGUCAUGAGUGGUUCAGACUGUGGCCAUAUUUUCAUAUGGGAUCGACAUACUGCUGAACAUCUCAUGCUGCUGGAAGCUGAUAAUCAUGUGGUGAACUGUCUUCAGCCUCAUCCGUUUGACCCAAUUCUGGCCUCUUCGGGUAUUGAUUAUGAUAUAAAAAUUUGGUCACCACUGGAAGAAUCCAAGAUUUUUAACAGAAAACUUGCAGAUGAGGUUAUAACACGUAAUGAAUUAAUGCUGGAAGAGACCAGAAACACUAUUACUGUUCCAGCUUCUUUUAUGUUACGAAUGUUGGCUUCAUUGAAUCAUAUAAGAGCAGACCGAUUGGAAGGUGACAGAUCAGAAGGAUCUGGUCAGGAGAAUGAAAACGAAGAUGAAGAGUAACUGGCAGUUGUGUGCAAGCACCUAGACGUUAAUGGAAUUUGUAUAAGACAUUAAUUAUAUUUUUCCUUACAGAGCUUUAGUGCAAUUCUGAGGUAUUGCUUUUGGAUAACCUAACCUUUUGUUUUUGAAUGACUGUGUGCAUGAUUUUGGGAGAGUGUGCAAGUUAAAAUAAGCAAAAAUGUUUUUAAAAUGUUUUGCCAUGUAUGAGGGGUGCUAGAAGAUGCAAAGUGCAAUAUUUUCCUUAACCUGCAGAUGUGGGAGCUUGGAUCAAUGUUUUAAAGUAACUUUCAUUAUAGUAAUAAAGUUGGUUCAAAUAAAUUUCUAUACCUGCCAUUUGCAUGUUUGUUGCUUUCUAAUUAAAAGACUUGGUUGUUUUAAGUAGUUUUGUGUUUUUUUCUUUGUGUAACCAUUGAUUUAUCACCUUAUAACUAUAACCCCAUUACUGCCUUCAUGUGCAUUUUUUUCUUAUAAUGUUUGUGAAGUGACAAAUACAAUUAUUUCUUACAGUGAGCACUGGGAUUCUUUGUGACUUUGCGACCCCAUGGCUCUUGGUUCUUGCAUCUCCAUGGGCAACCCACACAUACAUACACAAAAUUGUCUUUCCAUCAGACUUAUUACAGUGCCACUUCAUAUUCUCUGUGUUUGAAUCUGCAGUGCUGGUGAAAUAGAUGUGUUUCAGUAAUAGAACCAUGAGUAUGGAUUCUUUGCAACAACAGCAGAUAUAUCUUAAUUUUCAUUGGAUUUAGAGAAAAUUUAGUGCAAGAGAACAUGAGUUUGAAAAUGCCUGCGCAUUGCUUCCUAGGGGUAUUUAUUUGGGAAGGAAGGCAGUUCAGUCCAUGUAAGGGCUCUGCCCUUCCUCUGUAUGUUUUUGGAUGAUGUUUGGGAAGAGGAAGUGAAGGAAAGAAAGAGGAGCAGGGAAAAGAGCAGCUGCGCUUAAUGGCUGUUCUUGCCAAGGGUGGCAGACGCUGGGGGGCUCUAUUGGGAAUUGCAGAAUGUUAGGAAGAAUU